ACAUACAAACUCUUCACUCUAUUUUCACCUUCACAGAACUAUCCAUCCAACCAACCAAACCCUAAACACUCUUUCAAACAACACACAAACAAAACAACCAUGCCUUCCUCUCCUUUCUCCUUUCUCCUCCUCCUAACUCUUCUCUCCUUCAUCCACCCAACACCAAUCUCCUCUUUUGAGUUUGAAGUUGGUGGCAAUGCUGGCUGGGCUGUUCCUUCCAAAGACACUCAAUUCUACAACCAUUGGGCUUCCGACAACCGAUUCAAGAUCGGCGAUACCAUUAAUUUCAAGUAUGAUAAGGACUCAGUAUUGGUGGUUGAAGAGGGGGACUAUGACAAGUGUGAUUCAGCUCAUCCAAUAUUUUUCUCAAACAAUGGGAAUACAGUGUACACUCUUGAUCAUUCUGGUGCAUUUUACUUCAUCAGUGGAAUUGCUGAGCACUGCCAGAAAGGCCAGAAGAUGAUUAUUAGAGUUAUGGGGCACUCGGAGGGGCCGGGGAGUUCACCGGAUGCUGGAAACCACACCGGAACUCAUAAUGUUCCUUCAUCUUCUCCUAAUGGUUCUGGGGGUGGUCUUUAUGAGGGUUUUCAUGCCAUGCAUGUUUCUCUUCUUUGGGUCUUUUUUAUGUUCUUAGGGUCCCUCUUGUUUUAAACUUAGGUGUAUGUUGAACAUGUUGUGGUUCUCUCUGUGUUAGUGCUGUUGCAUGUUUAGUUUAUUUUGCAAAUAAAUUGUUUUUAGGGUGUCUUUUUGCUUAAA